AUGUUCUUCCUCCAUACUGAAGCCAAAACGCAGAAAGCGACGAAGAGGAAUCCAGAUGUUGCUGGGAACUUAUUUAGUUUAAUCAGACACAGAGGGUGUUUCCGGUUUCCGUGUUUACGCGUCCUGGGAUCUAAAGACACAGGAGCACGAGGCAGUGCUAAUCUGAUAUUAGCUUAGCAAAGACGAGCGGCUAGAUCAGGAGAAUUUUUAGGUGUCGCCAGAAAAAAAACACACAACAGCGGCUGACUGUAUAAUAAAAGCCGCUCGUGAGUUGAUGCAAAGGGUUUCCGUGUGUGUGUGUGUGUGUGAGAGAGAGAGAGAGAGAGAGUGAGUGAGUGAGUGAGAGAGAGAGAGAGCGAGCGAGCGCGCGCGCGCGCAUGCAAGGCACAGAGGCUCGCGUCUCCACUCCACCGUCACGCAACUUGGACAAAAUGCCAAGUUUGCUGUUAGUCCUGGAGCUCGCGCUGAGCGUGUGUUAAAUGUCUACACUUUUAAACGUGCUGCAGUUUUCCUCGGCUGAUGGUCGCUGACCACGACACCAGUCUAUAAUCCGCCUUUUCGCUUGUAAUUCCUCGACUGAUUAGAUACAGGAAGGUGUGUUUUUAUUGCUGGAAAGGGACCUGAAGGAUGGCUGCCACUUUAUCAGCAGAGGAAGAGCAGGCCACUAAGCAGUUCCUGGAGGAGAUCAAUAAGUGGACAAGUCAGCAUGGAGUCUCUCCCCUGACCUGGGAUGUGGCCGUGAAGUUCCUCAUGGCGCGAAAGUUUGAUGUCCUUCGGGCCAUAGAACUCUUCCACAGCUACAGGGAGACGCGUCUGAGGGAGGGCAUCGUCAAGCUACAGCCCCAUGAAGAGCCACUGCGCUCCGAGCUCCUUAGCGGCAAGUUUACUAUCUUGGGAGUAAGAGACCCCACGGGUGCCUCCAUUGCUCUGUACACAGCAAAGCUGCACCACCCGAAUAAAACGGGCAACCAUGUGGUGCUCCAGGCUCUGUUUUACCUGCUGGACAAAGCGGUCGAGAGUUUCGAGACACAGAGGAACGGACUGGUCUUCAUCUACGACAUGGCCGGCUCCAACUACACCAACUUCGAGCUGGACCUGAGUAAGAAGAUCCUCAACCUGCUCAAGGGUGCGUUUCCUGCUCGGCUGAAGAAAGUGUUCAUAGUCGGCGCUCCCGUCUGGUUCCGAGUGCCCUACAACCUGCUGAGCCUGCUGCUGAAGGAGAAGCUCAGAGAACGGGUCCAGAUGGUGAAGAUGACCGAUCUACGGCAGCACCUUCCCAGAAACUGCCUGCCCGAGCACCUGGGUGGCUGCUUGCCUCUGGACGUCCAUGGCUGGAACCAGCAGCUGCUAGCCGAGCAGAACGGCCGCGUGGAUCCUGUUGACGAGCUGCUGGGCAUCCCACUGGCAACCUCAGCGGUACACACACCAGGCCCAGACGCUAUGCGACUCCCCGAGUUCACAGCUCACCUUGCUCGGGCGCAGCGGAGCGGAAUUUACCACGAGUAUGAAGAGCUUCGUAAAGAGCCGCCGUCCGGAACCUUCCACUGUGCACUGGCUGCCUACAACCAGGAGAAGAAUCGUUACGGCGAUGUCCUGUGUCUCGAUCAAACCCGUGUACGUUUGAAAGCCAGGAGGAACGAGAGAUCGGACUACAUCAAUGCCAGCUUCAUGGACGGCUACAAACAGAGGAACGCGUACAUCGGAACUCAAGGGCCGCUGGAGAAAACCUAUGACGAUUUUUGGAGAAUGGCGUGGGAGCAAAACGUGCUGGUCAUCGUCAUGACAACGAGGACAGACGAGGGCGGCAGGAAGAAGUGUGGACAGUACUGGCCUCUGCAGGAGGGAGGACAGGAAGUUUAUGGACACAUAGCUGUGGUGAACCAGAGAGUGGACAACCAUUCCCAUUACAAUCAGACCUUUCUAGAGCUGCAUAACACUGAGACGUGUGAGCAGAGGCAGGUGAGCCACUUUCAGUUCCUGAGCUGGCCCGACUACGGCGUUCCCUCCUCGGCGCUGUCUCUGCUCGACUUCCUGAGCACGGUGAAGAGACAGCAGAAGAGGGCAGUGAAGGCUCUGGGCUCACAGUGGAGAGGUCAUCAUCUGGGUCCACCGAUGGUCGUCCACUGCAGCGCAGGCAUCGGCAGGACUGGUACGUUUUGCGCUUUGGACAUCUGUCUGUCCCAGCUGCAGGACGUUGGGACGCUGAACGUGUGCCAGACGGUGAGGCGCAUGAGAACGCAGCGCGCCUUCAGCAUCCAGACUCCAGAACAGUAUUAUUUCUGCCACACUGCCAUCCUCGAGCACGCCCAGCGUAACGGACAGGCCUCUAAUCAGUGAGAGACGGAGCCGGUCAGCAGCUCGCUUGGUAAUAGGAAUUUUUAAACAUUUGCCACGGACCCCGAAUCCCCUUCUCCCCCAAAAAAUAUCUCCCUGACAUAUACACCAAGCACAGUAUUUUUGGACUCUUGUAAAAUUGCUGAUGUGUAAAAAGUGCCAUCGCCAUAACAAUCAUAGCCACUGGUGUAUUACCAAGAGGCCUAAAUCUCUGCUGGAUCCAACUGAAGACUCAGUAAGUUUGUGUCUUGUAGCUAAUUAGUAACGCUGUAUGAAUCAGAGAUGUUCACUACGCGGCCAAAUGUUCGUACGUUCUCAAAAAACCAGUAACGUUUAGCUGUAUAAACAAAUGAUGUAAAAAAAAAAAAAAAAAAAGUAAACGUUUUUAUUUACUCUCAGCAAAAAGGCUGCAUUUAUUAAUAUAAAAAAAGUAGAGCAUCAGUUUGAAACUCUGUGUAAACCCUGCGGACUCGAGACUUUCGACCCGCAGCUCAGUUAAGGGACCUGUGCCGAUUUUAUUCCGUCAGCACAGGUCUGACGUCAGAAGAUAUCAUCACUGAAUCAGUUCUGAUGCUUCAGAAGAACUCGUCAUCUUCCUCUCGACUACAGUUUCACACUGGACGCAGUGUGUCGAGCCUCUGUCCUGUUAGCGUCCCACAGGCUGAAGUCUCAACCUACAUUUACUGUAUUUAACAAUGAGUAUGUAGCACUAUUCACAAAUGAACUGCUUCCCACACCUACCCAUGGUAAAUAUAUACGUUGUCUGGGUUUUGUUUGAACUUUUUUAUAUUUAUAUCUUAAACUAGCUUCACUGUACACUGUCCGUAGGAAACAAUGGGCCUCGUUUAUCAAUCUUUUACUGAAGUCGUGUGUAAAAGUUUGUGUAAGGAGAAAACCGAAAUAAAACUUAAUAAAAAUAAAGCUUCAGAAACGCUGACUUUCUUCAUAAUGGCAAAUCGGCCAUAAUAGUGGGCGCCUGCACGGCAAAGCUGAUUUUAAGUUUGCUGACGCCCACAGAACGCCGUAAAAUGGGGGAGUUGCUGGGGAGCGCUGAAAUGGGCAGUGAACAACAACUACAAUAGACUUUCUCACAGGUAGAAAUGGAAGUUAUUUUGAGUCGCGUCUGUGCCAAUAAAAUAAAAAUACAUAUUGUUCAACAGCUCCUAAAAAGGCCAAAGUCAGUCACCGAAUGACAGAAAAGGUGAAUCUGAUGUGAAUUAAGUGAAAAUGGAGGAAAUAUAUCUACUGUACUGUACUGUACCCAGGUGAUCAUGAACAACAAGCACAUCUCACAGGGAAACUGACUUUUUUAUUUAUUUAUUUUUUAAUUCAAAGCGAGGCGUCUCGUCGACUGUUGACCAACAGUCCCUCACACACCAAAGCACGCUCCUGGAUGCCAUGCUGGAAAAGCAGGAGUGUGUAGGGAGCCUGAUGUUGGCACGCAGAACAUUAGGGAGGUAUACGGCACAUCACAGCUUGAGACGUACCAGAUCGCUCACUUAUCGCUCACUUAGUGCUGGCUCUAAUAAAGUGUUGCACAGCAUUAAAAGAAAUACCUACUGAUUGAAAUUGAGAGCACAAUCCGUAUAUAAAAGUGCAGUAAUCCAUGCACACGAUACGAUCUGAAGCCGAUCGGCUGAGGUUUACGUUAGUUGGGCGGAUUUACACACUCACGUGCUCCUACAAACGAUUUGCAAGGGUCCAGCUUGAUAAAUGAGACCCAAAUGUUUGUCCCGGUGGAUUUAUGAAAAAUGUAUGAUUUUGUUUGUUUGUUUACACUUCUCUUCGGUGUCUGUGAGAUUAUUUUAACAUGCUAUGAAGCUCUUCAGGCAGCAAGUCGUCUAAACUCAAGUCCAUUUGUGCUUUUUUCCUCCGCUUCAUUUCAAAAUAGUGCUGCUGAUGACCUCCCUGCUUAUGAUUAGCAAAUAUUGAAUUGUUUCAAUUGUUCCUUUUUUUUCAUUCUUUAUUACUCAAUAUGCAUUCAGUUAGCUCCAAAACAAUAUUAGACCAUGACGCUUUGUUUUGGAUUUUAACUGCGUGAACCAUUUAGACCAGUUUAAGAUUGUAGUUAACAUUUGCAUUAAACAUCAUUCCACCAGCAGGGCUAAAAAGGAAAAAAAAAAAAAAAAAAAGCUAAACAAUCUUUUCAUUUAAUUUUUAAAUGAUAAAGAUGUUUUCCACCUGUAUUUUAUUUCAUUUACAUUUACGUUUAUGGCCCUGAGCAGGUGAGGGUUAAGGGCCCAACAGCGGUAGCUUAGCAGUGCUGUGGGCUUGAACUCUUGAUCUUCUCAACCCCUUGAACUUCUGAUCAGUAUCCCAGAGCCUUUAACCAGUGUCCUUUUCUGAUUAUUUCAGCUUCAUUAGGUCCUGCUGUCCUUCCACUGAUCCGCCUAUAAUUUACGCGCUCGGACACUAAUAGUGGACUCUAGAUAACGGCCAAAUGUCUUACAGACUGCAAAUGAUCACCACAUAAAUCAGCAAGGCUAAAAAAAUUAAAAUGAAAAAAACUGCUGUACGUCCAAUCAUCCAAACACAUCUGGUGCACUCACUCGUAAUCGGAAUAAGAAUGUGUACGAAGUAUGACUAUGUGGAAGAGGAAAAUGAAAUGUUUGAAAAUUCUGCACACUGUAAGCACCACACUUUCAAAUUCAGCAUCUCGGGUAAAAGUGUCAGUGUCUAGGUUUCGAGCUCACGGCAUAAAACACGUCCUGUCUGGCAUUUCGAUGGGUUUGAAGGACACCUACUUUGGAGGUGAUGUAGUCAAGACCCUGAAGGUUUUUUAUCACGUGACAGACAAUGUAAAUACGUGUUGUGAGCUGAUGAUGGGUAUUUUCAUGAUCUGAGACCAAGCUGUGUUUUUACAGCCUGUAGGCAUCUUUUUUACAAAGUAGGAGAGUUGUUUUUUCCUUUUACAAAAAACACUUUGGAGCUCUUGGCUCUCCAGUGGGACUGGACAGCCACUGCAUCGCACUCCAUCUUCAGCUUCUGCUUUGCUUCUUUGGGCAGGAUGUACUUCCUGACGUAAAAAAAAAAAAAAACACCCUUUUGCUGUGGUUUGUAAAUGCUGUUCUUUAUAUUACCGAUGUAAAAGUAUGGCUUUUAGGUCUCACAUCUCUGUAUAACCAUAUAAAAAGCACUUUCAGGCAGGCGUUCACUCACUAUGUGCAUUCACUGUAUCUGCAGACAUUGUGUAAGAGUAGAGGACUAUAACACCACAUAUUCCAUAGCUGAUGUGAUGUUCUAUACUGUGGUGUGGACAAUGCAGUUAGUUGGAAAAUGACCAAUGUGCAAAAUCAGACAGUGUUCCCUGUUAAUCACACGUUUGUAACUCCGAUACAGGUCAAGUUUCAUAAGAUCAUGUAUUUUGUUCUUGGGUAUGUAAACCAUUUGCUACUCAAUUCAUAUUGAAUUUGCUUGUAGUGAAGCGUCUUGUAAACACUUGUAUGGAUGCGUACGAAGGUAUAGAAAAAAGUAGUUCUUCAAACAAUGGACACAAAAAUUAACUUUCAACUUUAUUUUUCUAUUAUACUCAACAAACUACUUCAUUUGCAAAUAGCUACUUAUAUAUAUAUAUAUAUAUUUUUUUUUUCUCAUUCUGUAACAUGUUUGUUUGUAUGAUGUUAUGGUCAUGUAAUCAAAGUAUAUAAUCAGUAGUGCCAUGCUGUCUGCUUGUACGUGUCAAACACUUGAAUUUAUGACCAAGUACAUUUGAUUUGAAGGAGAUAAUGGUGUAAUAUGAGGCCGUGCUGAAAUGUGGCGUGUAGAGUGAAGUCCUGUUCCCUGAUUCAGGGACAAGUGGACUCUUGUAAACUAAAUUCCAAGUUACUGUUAAAAAAAAGAGAGAGAGAGAAAUUAAACGGAUCAUUUCAUCAUA